AUGUCGUCGUCGUCGUCGACGUUCCUCGCCGAGUCCAUGCUGCGCUCACAGCGGCCCCGCCUCGGGCAUCGCUCCAUCUCGGACAUGUCGCCCCUCGUCGACCCUUCCAACGACCCGGCCCCCAAGAAGCACCAGGCCAACGUCCUCCCCGGCCUCGCAGGAACCCGCGUCCGCGUCCAGAACGACGCCGUCAGCGGAGCACAGCUCAAGGAUGGCACCCGUGCCCCCUUUACGCCCCUCCUGCCCAUGCCCCCCGCCGCCGGCACCAAGGACAUGGCCGACCUCAGCUUCCUCUUCCGCGGCAACCAAGACUCGGGCAACAGCACCCCAAAGGCCGACACCGCCGGCAGCAACACGCUCGCCUCGCGCCGCCAGGCAAAGCGCGGCGCAUCCGAGGGCAUCUGCCCCUCGUGCAUGAACACGCUCCAGGCCUGCGCCACCUUUGGCGGUCCCUCCUGCGGCAGCCGUCGCCCGCUCCACGUCGACACCAAGACGGCCGCAGAGCAGCACGGCAGGCUGCAGCCACCCGCGCCCCGCUCGGCCGGCAUGAUUAGGAGCUACUCGAUGCCCGUCGCCACCCAGCAGGAGCACGAGGAGCAGAACCGCAUCAUGGCGCUCGGCGUCUCGCCCGUCGGCAAGUACGUCGCCAACCCGUCGUGGUGGUCGUACGGCUUCGCAUCGCCCGGCGGCGCUCCGCUCAACCUCGAGCGACGUCCGUCGAUGGGCCCUGCCCCGCACGAGCGCGUGCUGGCGCCGUCGCGCACCGUCGCGCAGCCCUCGCGGCAAAGGUCGAGCCCGUCGUCAUCGCCCAAGGGCAAGGGCGCGCUUUCGAGCCCGCGCAACCUGCCGCGCGCCGGGACGAGCGACGCGGGAUCCGAAGAGGCGCUGACGCCUCGCGCGUCGUCGCCCAACCCGUACGCGCGCACCGGCAGCCUCGGCCUCGACUUUGGCGCCGACGUCGUGGGCGCCGGCCACCGCCACUUUGGAUCGCCGCUCAAGCAGGCCACCGCCGCCGGGGUGGGCCACGGCGGCGACGACCUCGGCGAGCUCGACUUUAUCCACCCGGACCACCUCCAGCCGCUGCCCCCGAUCGACUUUUGA